AGCGAAGAGCUUCCAAACCCGAGAGAAGGUGCGCUCCGUUGGGACAGAGGAGGCUGAGAGAGACGGGGAGGGAGGGAAUGAGAUUUCUUGCUACCCAAUCCCCCUUUUCCCCAGGGAGCGCGAGCCUUCCCUGGUCCAUCCCUGCCUCUUGUUUGGACAGCCUCCCACGGGGAGCUUUGACCAUGAAAGAGGAGCCUCUUACGAGCGGCAUGACACCGGUCCGCUCGUGGAUGCAGAGCGCGGGGAUUUUGGACGCGAACACGGCGGCUCAAAGCGGCGUGGGCCUGGCCAGGGCUCACUACGAGAAGCAGCCGCCCUCCAACCUGCGCAAGUCCAACUUCUUCCACUUCGUGCUGGCGCUGUACGACCGGCAGGGCCAGCCCGUGGAGAUCGAGAGGACCUCCUAUGUGGACUUUGUGGAGAAGGACAAAGAAUACAAUGGGGAGAAGACCAACAACGGCAUCCACUACAGGUUACAGCUUCUCUAUAGCAAUGGCAUCAGGACAGAGCAGGACCUCUAUGUGCGGUUAAUAGACUCCAUGACCAAACAGCCAAUCCUGUAUGAGGGCCAGGACAAAAAUCCAGAGAUGUGUCGCGUCCUCCUCACGCACGAGAUCAUGUGCAGUCGGUGUUGUGACAAAAAGAGCUGUGGGAACCGAAACGAAACCCCUUCAGAUCCGGUCAUCAUCGACAGAUUCUUCCUGAAAUUCUUCCUCAAGUGCAAUCAGAACUGUUUGAAAAAUGCAGGGAACCCAAGGGAUAUGCGGAGGUUUCAGGUGGUGGUGUCCACGACAGUCAACGUAGACGGCCAUGUCCUCGCCGUCUCCGACAACAUGUUCGUCCACAACAACUCCAAACACGGCAGGCGGGCCCGGCGCCUGGACCCCUCUGAAGCAGCCACACCCUGCAUCAAAGCCAUCAGCCCCAGCGAGGGGUGGACAACAGGGGGCGCCACUGUCAUCAUCAUUGGCGACAACUUCUUCGAUGGGCUGCAGGUGGUCUUCGGCACCAUGCUGGUCUGGAGUGAGCUCAUCACGCCCCAUGCCAUUCGGGUCCAGACGCCGCCGCGACACAUCCCCGGGGUUGUGGAGGUCACGCUCUCCUACAAGUCCAAGCAGUUCUGUAAAGGAGCACCGGGCCGCUUCGUCUACACAGCCCUGAACGAGCCCACCAUCGACUACGGCUUCCAGAGGUUACAGAAGGUCAUUCCCAGACACCCGGGAGACCCGGAGAGACUACCCAAGGAGGUCCUUCUGAAGAGGGCGGCAGAUUUGGUGGAGGCCUUGUACGGAAUGCCCCACAACAACCAGGAGAUCAUCCUGAAGCGUGCAGCAGACCUGACUGAAGCCCUUUACAGCGUCCCUCGUAGCCACAACCAGCUUCCCUCCCUGACCGGCUCUGCCGCUCACUCUGGCAUGAUGGGGGUCAACUCCUUCAGCAGCCAGCUGGCCGUCAACAUCUCCGAGGCCUCGCAGGGCGAUCAGGGCUACUCCCGUAACUCCAACAGCGUGUCGCCCCGCGGGUACGUGCCCAGCUCCACGCCCCAGCAGUCCAACUACAACACCAUCACUUCCACCAUGAACGGCUACGGGGCCGGCAUGACCAACCUGGGGGUGCCCGGGUCCCCCGGCUUCCUCAACGGCUCGUCCGCCAGCUCCCCUUACGCAAUCAAACAGAAGAGCGCCUUCGCCCCUGUCGUGCGGCCACAGACUUCCCCGCCCCCCACCUGCACCAGCACCAAUGGGAGCAGCCUACAGGCCAUGGCUGGUCUCAUAGUCCCGCCCAUGUGAGGACGGACGGAGGCCCACGGGGCUUUUCGUCCUAGAGGACGGACUUCAGAAUCACUGGCCUCCCGAAAUCUCUGUCAGACCGCCACUUUCCAAAAAAACAAAACAAAACAAAAACAAACAAACAAACAAAAAAAAAAAACCCCGCCAACCACCCCCAUCCCACAGAGGAACGUCAGACCCGCAGAGUCCCGGAUCGCCCGAAAGACCAAAGGACUGAAGCCGGCUCGGGUUGUGGAACUGCGACGCCGUCACGCUCACACCCUCCCGUCUGAAGCGGCUCCCGCUUCCCGUCGGGCUUCGGUACAGGAGAACCUCGAACGUCUUCACCCUGCACCUCCACAGAAAGGAAACAGAGAGAGUCCAAAACGUUAUCUCCACAGGGCAUUGUGGGAAAUUCACCCAAAGCCUCGUGAAGUCAAAAAGAAAUUUAUUAAAGCAUUAGGAGCAGGAAAAUGAAAUUACGUAGCAGCUCUGCUAUCUAAAUCUAAAUUAAAUUUAAGCAAAUUACAUUUUUUUUUUUAAAAGUGCAAGAAUUCAUUUUCGUAUGUAAUCAAAUCUGUUCCUUGGAUCGGUCGUACGUGCGAGACUUUUGCGGAAGGGCAGCCCCCGGAGCUUAAGAGCUCCCGAAGCACACUGUGGAGAGAUGUUUUAAACGGUAGCAGUGCGGCUGCGGUGCGAGGAGCGCUCUCUCGGAGGUCGGCGCGCGCACGCUUUUGCGUAGGUCGACAAGGUCCGUCCGCACCGUCGUGAUUCUGUAGCUGGAAUACGUCACUUUCCGCCGAUGGCGUAUUUAGUCGUUCGGUCACUGUGAACAAAGGAAGAGUUUUCUUCACAAGCUUGCCACUGGUCGCGGAGGUAAGGACCAGUUCCUGGAAAUGCAGCAUUCCCUCCUCUUUCCUUGACAAUUCCCACACAACUGAUAGGACACAUUUAGUCCAGCACAUUGGACUAAAAUAAAAUUACUGAGAAAUUUAAUAUACAAUUAGCCCGGUUACUUUUUCCCAUUAAUUACAUAUUGAUAUGAGCUGCUGAUUCAGCUCUCACUGGGAUCAUCAAACAAUGUGUGAAUUAUAAAUAAAAAAACUACGCUUGCUUUUUUUAAGGACAAACUGCAAGGUAGACUGAUUUGAAUAGACUCUUUUCCCCCCUGUACUCUGACGGUCUGAUGUUGUUUUCUUUUGGUUUGUUUAUUUUUUUCUUUUCGUAUCGUAGCUACUGAGUUUUUGAUUCAAUUUCCGUGAUUGAAAUACAUUGCAGAUUAAUACCAGCAACCGCAUGAUCACCUCUGAGUAUGUUUUUUAUAAUAAAAAUGUGUGUUUAUCAUAUUCAGAGGGUAAUGUAGUGCUUUUUGGGGGCUGUGAGUGGGAUUGGUAUAUGCUGUAGUUGACCCUCCAUACUUACCCUUAUUGGAAUGUAAUGUAUGUUACAAUAUGAAAUCCACAAUAUUAGGAAUAUAUUUUAAACACAUGGACUGCAUAUGAAAAGGUUAAUUAUUGCCAGUUUCAUCUUUUUAAACGUAUGCAACUAUUAUUUAAUAUACUAUACAUUUGCAUAUCUUGUAAAAUACAUUCUGUAUUAUUGUGCUAAAAUAUGGCAAUAAUGGAAUUGAAUCGAAUUACAAUAUAUUCCAUAAUUUGGAUUGCAUAUUUUGAGAUAUGAUACUAUUUCAUAAGGGUAUGAUGAGGGUUCCAUUAAAAAAAAGGUUUUAUUGAUAAAUGUUUGUCUUUUGGCUUUAGUUCCUGCUCUUCAAAAAUGGAUCACGUCUGAUUGAUAGCAGGGAAAACCCCAAGCAUUUGGGACCAAUAGAUUUGGGAGGUGAAAUGUGUUCAAAAUAAACCACGGCCCGAAUAGGUUUGUUUCCAGGUUCGUGCAUCUGUAGAAUUAAAUCCAAGAACGCUUGCUGCGAUUUGAAUCACGUUUAGGUGCCGGGUUUAUCGUUCAACUUCUUAUUGUGCUUUUUUGUAUGUAUUUAUAAAGUAUGUUUUGGGAUUUCUUUGGUGAUUUAGGCCUGAAUAAUAGCAGCAAAUAUAUGUAAAACACAUUUGAUGUCUUAAUACCUUUUAGAUAUUGUAAAAAAAAGUAAAUACAAAACAAUGACAAAAAUACACAAACGCAUAAAAUAAACUUUUGUAAAAACGAAUGAAAAGAAGUCCUGAACACGAUCAGAUCGCCCCUGGUUUUUUAAAACAGGAAGCUCCAUCUCUUUUGUAUAAAAAUGAUUUCCGAUACUAUAUUUAACUUUUUUGUAUACAGCGGUUGUGUUUUUUUCCCCCUCGCUCCUCUUCUUGUCUUCUGUGUAUUAUUGUGAAGAGUGUAUAAUCAUAGUUAUUUCUUAAUGCACUGUUUUAGUUGGAGCACUUAUGAGAGCAAUGCAUCUUAGCAAGCAAAAAAGACAAAAAAAUUAAAAAUGUGUAGGACAAAUAUGCACCAAUAUGUUUUUUUUACCCUUUUGAAGGUGCUUUGCCUUUAUUUUAGCUCAUCUUAAGGGAGACUCAGCUUUUAUCAUGGGGAUUUUAUAAUUCUGAAAUGGUCAUGUUGUAUUCCACCAUGUAGGGCUCCAUCAUCAGAGGUUAUUUUCAUAUCAACCACGUCACAUAAUCUGACGCUUAGUGCUGACCGGUGAACUUGUUUUUGCCAUUUUUUGCUGUAACCUGUGCUCAAAUCUACAUGCUGUGUUUUGGCGAAAAUAAGUACCGUGCUUGUAUUGAACAUAGCUCCAACACGAUUGGUUCAUCUUCAAAUCCAGGCACGCCUGCGCCUCAAACUUGGAGGGGCUCAUGGGAAAAAGAUGGCAAAAGUUGAGUGUCCCUUCAAAGCGUAACUUUCCAUUGAUGUUAUCGUUGUUGUGGAUGUUGUUAUUGUCGUUGCACACGAUUCUGUAUCAUUUACUUAUGCAAUUUGUAUUACUGUAAUGCAAGCAACUGUCACUCCACAUUAUUUCCGUGGACUAGUUGUAAAAUUAAAUAAAAGAACAAAAUAUAUAUAAAUGGAUGCCUUACAAUACACCAUGUUCACACAUCAAUUUUUAUUUUGCCAUUCUCAAAAAUAAGAAAGAUAAGAGAAAAAAACUAACUAAACUAUCAGACAGUUCAAGACAUUGAAUUUCAAUGGCCUGGAAGUAAAACAUUUUUUUUUAUUUAAUAAUUUUUAAUUAUGAUUGAGGUGAUUUGUACUGAAAAUAUACAUUUUUGGAGGAGUCCUGACUGAGAAAACGAUGUGUGUAAGCUUUAUGCUUAUUAAAGCAGAUUUCUUUAAUGACAAAUGUACUGGGGGUGUGGAGCAACAGAAAGCAGUGCUGACUUAAUAUGACAACAGAAUAUUAAGAGUGUUCACUUUUAGUUUUUAUACUGCAAUUUAAAAAACAAAUUUACCAGCAUUACCAUCAUAGAAAGGGAAUCAAAAAUAAUACUUCACACUUCAAACUGUGUGUGCAGUUUAAAUGCUAAUGUAAAAAUCAAGCAUGUGCAGUUUCAGUACACCUUGCGUGUGCAUGUGUGUGUGUGUGUGUGUGUGCAUGUGUGUGUGUGUGUGUCUGCACUACAAUGACAAUAGCAGACAACAUUAAUAAUUCACAACCAACAAUUACGUUAUGUACAAUUGAAAAUACAUUGUUAAUUUGGUGUGUUUGUCCAUGCAUUACAGGUUAAUUUUAAUAUUUUCACUAACUGACUCUAGGGUGGCCAGACUAAAAACAGAAAAACUCCACAAAAAGUCUGAUUCUGCCCUGUUGUGAUGGAUAACAUACCAAGUGUGUUCAUUGUAACCAUGCGAGUAUUUUCUUGAUGUGGAUAUUCUGGCCUCACUCUGAAUAAUAUAUUUACUAAUAUUUGUUUGUUAAUGCCUGAAAAAACUCAUGUUUUUAAAAGCUAUCAUGCAGAUAUUAAUGCGUUAUCAAACAUUAACAGCUAUAAUGCAAUCUGUGCUGUUAACAAGGUUAUGAGCAAGAGAAUAUGUGAAUACAUUUGGUCAACAUUUUCUGGAAAAAGUUUUUUGAAAAUAAAAAAAAGCAAUGCAGUAAAUGCACUGCAUUGUCUAUGUCAGCUCUUGUUUACAUGGUAACAAUUUAACCUAUUGUUUUACAUGAAAAUAGCAAACCCAGAAACCCAGAUAAGGUAUUCACACCCCAUGAAAUGAAAUGAAUUAAUAUCAAGGUAUGCAAUCUCUACACUCCUUUAAAAAGUUUUGUUAAAAAGUCAAAUUCAUAAUUUUUCAGAUUUAAUUUUACAAGUUUUUUUUCAAAUUCAAUUGAAAAUUGAAAGUGCUUGGAAUCAAGAGUACUUAAUAACUAGAGUUAAAAGUACUUUAUCAGAGUUUAGUUAACACUGAAGAUUUUUAGGUUAUAAAAAAAUGAUCCCUUAAAAAUGUACUUUGACGCCAACCAUUUAAAUUUGGUUUAAAUCCAAAAACUCCUUUAAUAAUGGUCAAUUCUGUGUCUGAUAUAAAGAGCUAUUUAAGGGUGUUUAUUGUGUUUUCAAUCUAGAAUUGAAUUUCCCCAAAUCGCUUUACAGUAGCAGGUUUUUUAAUGGGCAUAGCAAGUAAUCGUAAGCAUAUCAUAAGUGAAUAAGAAUAACACAUAUCUUAAUCGGGAUGUGUGAAUGCCAUAGCCUGUGGCUUUCAUUUAUACAGAGAACACAGAAAGCCAGUGAACCGAUCAUACAUUAUACUGCAAACAAAAAUUGCACUUUCUUGAAAUAAUUAUUUUGGACCAGCCAACCCACCAGCUUCUCACCAGAAACAGCUGUAUUCAAUAUUAUGGUUCUCUAAACCCAUUUACAAUGAAAACAGGAAUAUUUUCCCAAGUCAGAUCUUGGCUGACUUUGCUAUUCUCUGAUUCACCUCCUAUUCCUGGUAUCCAUUCCAUCAACUUAUUGGGUUUGCAAAUUGCUUGCAAAGGAUAUUUUUUGUCUCCACAGUGGCCCCUUGACUUUCUCUAUCCCCUGUUUUCAGUCUGGGUUCACCAACAGUGGAGUCCUGCUUUCAUCCCAAACUUUAAUAAAAAUGGACAUCACCUUUACACCGUCUGAUCAAAGAAUAUCAAAGCACAAAUGUUCAAAUUUGCUUCCGAGAAAACAAAUGGGGAGAAAUAAUGUAUUCAUAAUUUCAUUUGUUUCCUUCAAUGACUAUAUUGUAUAUAGAUGCAUGCUUUUCUGUGGGUUAGUGCUUUUUGUACAGAAACAGACAAAUAAAGAUUACAUUUGGCUUGAAA